GGGCACAUUUUCGGGUUCAUCCAGAAACAAAAUAAUGACGUGGUGAUAGACCCAAAAACCUGCCAGAGGUUCAAACGCUUUUUAUUCCUAAAAGGUAGUGGUGGUGGUCGUCGUCUCGGUUGGUUUGGGUCGGUGGAUCACCCAAUAACCCAAAUAAUCCAGAUUCAGUUUCACUCACAAUCGCAAUCCACGCUACCCUCCUGGGUUUUUCUCCUAACCCAAGUUUAUAUACUGUUUUCGUAACAAUUUCGCCAAACUGAAAAGAUUCCGGCUUUGAAACUGAGUUUCUCCAAAAUGGGAAUCGGAAGCAGUAGCGCCGGUCGCCGGAGGCACCGGCCGCCUCCGCCUCCGGCUAUUCCACAACCCGAAAACGGUGGGGGUAGAUACCCUUACCCUGGUGCCUCACCACCUUACCCGCCUCAAUAUCCAAACGAACCAAUCCCCAAUCCGGGGCAGUUCCACCAAUACCCCACCGGACCUAAUCCAAGUCAUGCUCAGUUUUACCACUACUCCGCAUUCUACCCACCGCCGCCGCCGGUGCCGGGGGUGUACCACCGCGGAGGGGCGUUCAUGGGCCCACCUCCUCCGCCGGGGAAUUGGGUUCCGGGGCAGUACCCUUGUGGUGCUCCCCCGCCUCUUCCGGGUGCUCCCUUUGUUGAGCAUCAGAAGACUGUCACUAUUAAGAAUGAUGUGAAUAUCAAGAAGGAUUCUUUGAGGGUCGAGCCGGAUGAGGAGAAUCCUGGCAAGUUUGUUGUUGCCUUCACUUUUGAUGCCGCCGCACCUGGAAGCAUUACCGUCAUGUUUUUUGCUAAAGAAGAUGCAGACUUUAACUUGAUAGCGACAAAGGAGAGCUUGCUUAGCCCUGUCAAAGUGCCGUUCGACAAAGGUCUUGGUCAAAAGUUUAGACAACCUUGCGGAACUGGGAUCAACUUUUCAUUUUUUGAGGAGAUAGGGUUGACAAAAGAGGAGGACGCAGAAGUUUAUCCUCUUGUGGUGAAGGCUGAAGCACACACCACAAAUGAUGGUGAACGGGAAUCAGAUGGAAAUUCUGCUGGAAACUCUCAGAUCACACAGGCAGUGUUUGAAAAGAAGGAGAAUGGUGAGUACAAAGUGCGGGUGAUGAAACAGAUACUAUGGGUGGAUAAUAUGAGGUAUGAGCUGCAGGAGAUCUAUGGUAUUGGGAAUGCAGUUGAAGGUGAACAAAAUGAUAAUGAAGCGGGAAAAGAAUGUAUAAUUUGCUUGUCAGAACCUCGAGAUACAACUGUCCUCCCUUGCCGGCAUAUGUGCAUGUGCAGUGGUUGUGCCAAGGUUUUGAGGUUCCAGACAAAUAGAUGCCCUGUCUGUAGGCAACCAGUUGAACGCCUCUUGGAAAUCAAGGUGAACAAUGCAGCUGAUGGUGCUUUAGGUUAGUAUACUAUGACUAAAUGCUGUAAAAUCCAUCUAAAAAGGAAAAAGAACAAUACAGAAGCAUACGACGCCCAACUUUCUACGUAUAUUGCACACUAAGAACCAUAGUACCUCGUGUCGGAGAGUUGGUUAUACUGUAUUUUUUUCAGAAAAGAAUAAAAUGAUGAAAAUAAUUAUAGUCUCUUUAGUUUUCAGAACUCCAUUGUUUUCUUUCCUUGUAAUAGUUUCGCAGACCGUAGUUAGAUUUACUUGUUUUGGAGUGCUUAAUAGAGUUGACAAAUUAUAUUGAUUGUUUUUGUUGUUUGGCUUGUUCUAAACCUUUUUGGUUUCAGUAUAUUUGUUUAUGGAACAUAUGUUAUUGUUACUUGCAAGUUUCUGCAGAUGUUUUCACUGAUCUUGCUGUUGUUGACGUACUGUAUCUGAAUCUGGCUUUGUUGUUAAAUUUGGAGUAUCAAAACGUA